AAACAUUGGUUAACAAUAAAGUUGAAAUCAUUGAGAGCAAGGAAAAACAAUUGAAAGAUCAAAGCAAUUUAAUUGAAAUGCUGCAAAAGAGUAAUGCAAAUUUGUUGGAAAUGUUAAAAGCUAAAAAUAAUACUUUAGACUAUGAAAGCCUGCUGUGGAAUGAGGAAGUUGCAAGCCUGCAAUCAAAAGUGUCUGAACUAGAGAAGCAAGUAAGUGAUCUAAAGACCCAGCUUAAAUCUGAGAAACCUCAAGCAACAUGGACGGACACUAAAUCUCUCAAUGAGCCUCUCUCAGAGGACCCCACGAAGCUUUGCGACGCCAGCUACACGGCGCCAGGCUGGAUCGUUGUGCAGAGACGCCUGAAUGGCAGUGUUAGCUUCAAUAGGAGCUGGAGAGAUUAUAGUAAGGGAUUUGGCAAUGCGGCAGGAGAUUUUUUUAUUGGCCUUGAAAGGCUGCACAUAAUAACCAAAUCGCAACGCUACGAACUUUACAUCUGCAUGAAAGACGCUGAUGGCAUAAUUCGAUAUUCUCGAUAUAAUCAUUUCCUUAUUGGCUGUGAGGCGGAGUCCUAUAAAAUAAAAUUAUUGGGCUUACAUAAGGGUACACUGGUUGAUUUGAUGACUCCCUUGUUAAGAAGCAAGUUUUUCACACCUGACAAAGACAGUCCUCAGGGCUGUGCCACGUUGUCUUCGUCGGGCUGGUGGUUUAAGAAACGUUGCUUAGACAGUAAUCCCAAUUCACCACUUGCGUAUUUUGAUGAUGGUAAUGGCAAUUAUGUUUACUACAACCUAAUUUUAAUGAUGAUAAAGCCGUCUGAUUUAAAUAUUUAAUCAUAACGUAACAUUCAUUAUAAGAAUUCGCU